AUGCCUGAUCCCCAAUUCUACUUGACUAUAGCGACCCUAGAUAACAGAGACGAGUUUAAGAUGGAUGAGGCCAGUCCCCAGGUAAAGAGCAAGAUAACUCUUGCGAUACUCAAAUUUUUAUGUGCGGAUAUGGGCCUAAGUUUUCAAGGCAUGACAAAUGUCGUUGGCACCAUAUGUAUCCGAUCCCAACGUGGAAAUGUCUUUGUUGUGCAACUCCAGGAGGUAGUACCCUAUGACGCGGUAAUUUCCAAUAAUCUAGUUCUUCCUACCCCACACGCUAAUACUGGACCGGAUAAAAAUGUCACAAGUUAUGCUGGAAAAAGAGACACUGUUGUUCUGCCAUCUCCUGGUGGGCAGAAAGAUCAGUUUAUUAGUAUUGAUCGAUCUGGGAAGUCUGUUGAACAAGCAGGACGGAGGCAGAUAGAUGUUAUGGGUCCACACGGCCUCGAACCAGCAAGACAGGUUGACGUUUUAGGCCCUAGAGGGCUGGAGCCUGCAAGGCAAGUAGAUAUUAUGGGCCCAAGGGGGUUAGAGCCUGCUAGGACAGUGGAUAUAAUGGGUCCAAGGGGGUUAGAGCCUGCUAGGACAGUGGAUAUAAUGGGCCCAAGGGGGUUAGAACCUGCAAGGCAAAUUGACAUGAUGGGCCCAAGAGGUAUUGAACAGGGGAGACCUAUGGAUAUUAUGGGACCACGGAAUAUGGGACCCAGGGGGAUGCCUCCACAAAUGAGACCAAGAAUGCCGGAUCAGAUGAACAUGCGAGGCCCACCUCCCUUGAACCAUAAAGGACAACAACAAGGUCCAAUGAGACAGUCCAGUCAUAACCAGGGACCAGGUAUGAUGCAGAAUCGGGGACCUGGGCCAAGAGGACCUCCGCUUCAACAACAGAGACCCCAGGGAGGAGCGAGACCACCCCCACCGCAGCAGCAGUCUAUGACUCUGCCUGUGAGGCCACCUGUACCUGUGCCACAAAGAAGACCUUCGCAAGAGAGGAGACCUCAACCAUGUCCACCAUUACAGAGAACUCCUUCAAAUUCUUCCUUGACCAGCAAUACUAGUUCUGCUUCAGGUGCUGUUAAAAGAAAAGCAGAGGAGUCCAUUGUGCCAGACCUUGCAAGAGUGAAGAAAGAGAGAAUCGAAACAAGUGACAGAAACUCAUGUAUGAGUGCUACCCCACCAGUACAAACCCCACCAACUCCACAAACCCCCACAGCAACAUCUACCCCGAUUUCUAUCAACCCAAAACUAGAAAAGCAGGAUGCACAGAGCUCUUGUAUGCUAAGCUCAAUGAAGAUCCCGCUUCAAAUGCCACCUUUGUCGCAAUCACCAGAGCCACCAACAUCUGGUCCUUUAGUUAAUCCAAAACUUGAAAAAGGUGAAUUUUCUUCUUGUUCUCAAGCCUCUUCAUCGCAGAUAGAUGGUGCUGUUUCCAACCUCCAGGCUAUAGGUAACGUCAGUCGACCACCUGGCCCCCCGCAACCUCCAGACCACAGAGGACCUCACAUUGGGACCCUCUCAGGUCAGAUGCCUCCAGGGUUACCCCCAGGCAUGAUGCAGUGCCCUGGUGCCCCAAUGAUGCCUAUGGAUCACCCUGGCAAUGUUCAAAUCCCAAACUCAGGAGGUAAUAUGCGACCACCACAGAUGUCUCCUCAUGGUUCAAUGGCAUCUAUGUCACCCAUUGGACUACCCCCUCAGUUUAGCCCCCGACAGCACCCUGGUAUGAUGCCCCAGUUCAUGCCUAUGAUGGGACCUAUGCCCCCUGAGGGUUUGUCCCCUCGUGGACCUCGUGAUCCAAUGGGGAGAAUGAUGAUGGCAUUUGGGCCACCACAGGGACAUCCAAUGAUGAUGAAUGCUGACUCCCUACCUAGAUUGAUGAGCCAGGCUCCCCCAGGAAUGCCUCCUAGGUUGACGCAGGCACCCUCAGGAAUGUCCCAGAGAAACAUGAUAACAUCUCAAGGAAUGACACCUCAACGAAUGCCCCAGAAAUCUCAAGAAAUGGCCCAAAGAAUGCCCCUACGACCCCCUGGAAUGUCACAGCCAUCCCAAAGUAUGCAUCCAGCACCUCCGUCAAUGAAUCAGGCACCCCAUCAAAUGCAUCAAAUGUCGCUUGCACCCAGAACUAGCAGCCCUGCUAUGGUAAUACCCACAGCAAACCAAUUAGCAGACACCCUGUCCAAAGUCUCAAAAGGACAGACAGAUGAUGAUAUCCUGAAGGCAGCCAUGGAACUGACAGGAGUUAAACCUCACUCUCCUGCUCCCAGUGUAAACCAGAAUAAUAAUGUUCAAUCUCGGACUGUCAAGGAACUCCUUAUUGCAAGAAGCAAUGCUAAUACACAACAGAAUGGACCUCAACUAGAUGAGAAUUCAAGGCCAGAUACAAGGGCAGAAAAAGAAUUUAGGCCACAACAUGAGUUGAAGCUUAACAUGAGCCCGGAAGAAGAAUUAGGACCAAAUAUGAGACACCAACAAGAACUAGGGCCAGACUUGAGACAACAACAAGAAUUAGGGCCAGAUUUGAGACAACAGGAAAAAUUAGGGCCAAAUAUGAGACCAGAGGAAUUAAGGCCAAAUAUGCGACCAGAAGAAGAAUUAGGACAAUAUAUAAGGCGUGAGGAGGCUUUAAGGUCACAUCCUAUUAAUGAAAAUGUGAGUGUACCCAAUUCUUUAGUCUCAGCAAUUGAUGAGUUGAAUAAUGAAAAGCCUAUAGGUACACACGGCAAGAUUAAAACUACCCCCAUAAUAUCUGGGGACAAUCAACUUCAAUCUGAGAUCUCAGAGAAUCACCAAAGAAGAAAGUCCACUGAGGGAUGUACUAAUUCUGAGUUGCCAGGGGGAGCCACUAAUUCAUCCACUAUAGAUGUCAGCACAUUACAGCAGAUUCAACAGGGAACUUUUGGUAACCAGAGAACCAAAGAAAGAACUCUCAGUAAGGACUCAAAUAAUAGCCAAAAACAAAUAAUCGAUUGCCCGAAAUGUAACAAGAAAUGCUCCAGUCAGAGCGGUUUGAAACGUCACAUGAAUACACAUAUCGAGAAUGUUCAAUGCGUCUUCUGUCAACUGGUCUAUCCUAAUCUCUCCACACUACAUGUCCAUAUAAGGAAAAUGCAUCCCGAGAACCAACCAAAGACCCCUUCUAAACUGACAAGUAAAAUGGGAAUUGGGCCAGUGUCUAAAUAUUGGAUGAAACUCCCCGAUGGAACUAAACGCUGUAAGCUAUGUUCUAGAGUGUUCGCUCCGGGAAGUCGUGGAGGUGUGACUAAACAUAUUAUUGCCUGCAGGAAUCGUAACCAAUCACAAGUCAACUAUGAAGUCCAGCAUUCUGGACUAGUCAUGAAAUUUCAUAAAAUCAACCAGUAUAAGAAACUGUAUAAUCUUAGAGAGUUAGACAUUAAAGUGUUGCGAUUAAAUCUUAAACCAAAUAUGAUGCCAAUAAGCACAAUUGACUUUGACGAGAAAAACUACAGCAAGUUUGAACCUACAUACUAUAACUCUGAUUCCGAUACAGAGAGUUACCAUAGUCACCAGGAAGUGGGCGGAGCAUCCAGGCCAAAAUUAACGUCACCAAUGUGGGGUGCAGAAUCAGAGACCUUUAAGGGACUUCCAAAUGUAGCUAAUCAGAUGGAUGGUGACAUGGCACCCACAAUUGAUACAAGCCACCACCAUGACAUGCCACCCUUAGGCAUGAAUAACCCAUUAACACCAAUUCUCGGGAUGGAUGAUCCCCCUGGUCUUGAUUUGGACACCACUGUCAAGGCACAGCAUACUGAAGAUUGGGUGCUACAGUCUCUCAACUUUGACUCUGUGAAAGCCAAUGAGGUUCCCAUACAUGAUGGCCCUGAUAAUGCCAUUUUAGACAAUACCUCUGGUAACAUAGAUGCAACAGCAUGUGAUGACGUAACAAAACCUAGCAAGAGCCCACAUGUGGAUGGUGCUGAUGAGGAUAAUGACAAUCCUGGUAAUGAUGAAAACGAUGACUCUGAUAAUCAAAAUAAAGCUCAUAACAAUGAGAGGAUAACUAACUCAAAGCCAGAUGACAUGGAUACAAGCAAUAUGAAACGAGAUUUUGACGAUGCUACGGCAUCUUUGGAUAACGCCAACACUACCAGACCAUCUAUGGACGAUCAAUCACAUGGUGCAAUAGCAAAAGAUGAGGCCCCAGCACUGGAACUACAGGUGCCAGAUGGCCAGUUAAACUUUGCACAUAAUCAAGAAAUUAUGAAUAACUUUGUUGUGAUGGACAAUACACCCGCUGUGACUACUCUACAGGAGCAUAAUGAUAUUAGUAGACCCUGGGAAACAGGAAAGUUGAAAACACUGAAAUCAAAUCAGAAUCAGCCCAUAGUAACUCACAAUGGACCCACCCAGCAAGACACAUUGGAAACAAAACAAGUGAAACUUCAAAAUCUUAGAAAUGCUGUCAACAUAGAGAUGAAUAAAAAUGCUAAGAUUCCUGAAACAGGAAAAGACAACACUGAAGAUAACAUCAUAACAAUUGAGGAUGACACAAAGAGAGAUAUCGAUAAAGAUGUUAUCGUCUUGGAUGUUGAUGAAAACGUUCACAAUGAUGAUCAACCAAUCAAUGCUGAUGAUGAUAAUGACAGUGUGUCGACUCUUAGCUAUCCCACAGAUGCCGCAGUUGAGCAUUACUACGCAGUAACAAGCAAACCAUGUAAACCGAAACAACCUCAUGGUAUCCCAUUCAACCCAACAGCAGGUAGGGCACGCACAAUAAUCAGAUGUGCCAAUUGUCGCAAACCACGUUUAAUCUACACGCAACGCCAACUCUCAAGUCACGAAAACACAAUCCUCAUAAAGGUUCUUAAUAAUUACCAAUAUAUUUGUGGAGACGAUAUCCAUGAAUUAAAAACACCUGAAAACAAAACCCCUCAGAUAAACAAUCUGUUAGAUAAAGUGCAUAUGCGGCUAAAUCUGACGUGUAAAUCGGUGGUAGAAAGUAUAUAUUACCAGAGAGGUUCACCCGGAGAGUUCAGCAAAGUCUGUGUUAGAUGCGGCUCUAGUGAGGACGUUGAUGCUACAGACUUGAUAUAUGGAGUACAGUACCCUCUGUGCAAUAUAUGCCACUUUAAAAUCGUUGCCAAAAUAACAAAAUAGGGCUCUCAUUUUGUAAAUGGAUAUUUUAAGUGAUUUUAUAUUAUAUGUUUUAUUUUAUAUCUUUAAAGUCAUAAAAAUGUACCAAAGGAUGUAUAACUUACAUAUUUAACUGAGGUGAAGUGAUCUGAUAUUUUUUGAAUAUAUAGCCCUGCCUUUCCUUAAAACGCAAUAUUUGGACAUAUUUUUCUCACAUUUUCGUACAACUGACAAAAUCCAUGCUUUAAAUAUUUAGUUGAUGUGGUUAUAAAUUGUUUUGUCAGCUUAAUAUCAAGCGUUCCAAUAAAAAUAAAUCCUCGUAAUGGCACCUUUAUCGUGAGUAUUUCUACACAAUAUUUGUCCUGUUUGUCCCACAUAGUAUACUCAUUAUCGUUCAAAAUAUUAUUUGAUACCUUGGGAUAACCUGAAAGGUGCAGGUUUAAUUUAGAAAAGAGAACAUUCUACUUAAUUUCAUGAAUAGUGUAAUAAAACUAUGUUAUCAUUCAUGUUUGCGUUAUC